AUGACAGACUCUAGUGAUCUUCACGUAGUUAUGCUUCCAUGGUCAGCGUUCGGCCAUAUGAUCCCUUUCUACCAGCUCGCCGUAGCCUUGGCCAACAAAGGUGUACGAGUGUCGUACAUAUCAACCCCAAGGAACAUUGAGAGGCUUCCUAGUAUCCCUUCCAAAUUAAGUUCCCUUAUAGAGUAUGUAAGCAUCCCGUUACCAACAGUUUCAGAUAGUGUCCUGCUCGAAGGAGCCGAGGCUACUGUUGACAUACAGUUUGAUGAGAUCCCAUACCUAAAGGUGGCUUAUGAUCUCCUGUAUGAGCCCGUCAAGAAGUUUGUUUCAAGCAAUUCACCUAAUUGGCUAAUCUCUGAUAUCAUAGGUUAUCGGAUGUCUGAGGUUGCUCAGGAAUGUCAUGUUAAGUUCAUGUUCUUCUCUGUCUACACAGCCACCACAUUGUGUUUUGUGGGUCCACCAGAGUACCUUUCAGGGGAAGGUCGGGAAAAAAUGAGACCAACACCAGACAGUUUGAUAACCCCACCUCCCUGGGGUGGAAUCUUCCCACAAUCAGUUGCUUUCCGUGGUUACGAGGCAGCAGGAUUCCACGCAGGAGCUUACAGCAUGAAUGAAUCCGGGAUAUCAGAUGGUGAGAGGCUGGCUAAGAUAAUCCAGGGAUGUGAUGCAGUAGGCGUUCGCAGUUGCAGGGAAUUUGAAGGAGAGUACAUGGAUCUCUUUCAAAAGCUCAUUAACAAGCCUGUGGUGCCAGUAGGCCUGCUCCCACCACCCAAAGUAGAAGAAAAAAUCACAGAAGAAACAUGGAUUGAAAACUUCAAAUGGCUUGAUCAACAGAGCCCUCAAUCAGUAAUCUAUGUAGGAUUUGGCAGUGAGUAUAAACUCACAAAAGAUGAAGUUUAUGGGAUAGCCAAUGGGCUAGAGCUUGCACAGUUGCCAUUCAUUUGGGCUCUCAGAAAACCCACUUGGGCAGUUGAUGAUUCUGAGGCAUUACCAGAAGGCUUUCUGAAGCGAACAUCAGGGAAAGGGAUUGUGUGUCUUGGGUGGGCACCGCAGCUCAAAAUUUUGGCUCACCGGUCAAUUGGGGGCUCAUUGUUUCACUCUGGGUGGGGUUCAAUCAUAGAGACACUAGAACAUGGGCACAAUCUUAUACUGUUGCCAUUUAUUAUUGAUCAAGGGCUAAAUGCAAGGGUGAUGGUAGAUAAGGGUUUGGGGAUUGAAGUAGAAAGAAGGGAAGAUGGAUCAUACUCUGGAGACGACAUAGCUUAUGCACUGAAACAAGCCAUGCUUGGAGAUGAAGCGCAGAAGAUUAAAGCUCAAACUAGGCAAGCUGCAGCAAUCUUUGGUGAUCAAAAGCUGCACGAGGAACAAUAUAUCAGUGGGCUUGUUGAAUUUCUGAGAAAUGCAGCCAGGCAUCAAUAA